GUAACUUUGUGAGAACCAUUUUGCAGCCCGCCAUAAGGUUAAUUGAGAGUAAAGCUGCUUCUGUGAUUCCAGAAGGAGGAGCAGGGCAUGUUUUCCAGUGUUCUGCAGAAGGAGUUGUAUUAGGUGGUGCUCUUACAAACCUCACAGCUGUCGAAGAUGCUUCCAAAGGCUGGUCAGCCAUUGCUUGCAAAACAAAGGAUACGGAAACAUCACACCAGGGAGAGGAUUUUGAAUUUUCCUUUCUGAUAGUAAAUGAUAAAGAAGGUGACAAGCAACUUUUUGUGGAUCUAGGAGUUUAUACAAGGAAUAGAAAUUUCCGGAUGUAUAAAUCAUCAAAAGCAGGAAAAAAUGUGAUUCUGAAGAUAGCAGAGGAUAAUAAGUUUGUCCCUAACUGUGAAGAGAAUGUUUCCUUGGAAGAAGCAUAUUUUCUUUCCUCUUUGAUCUGCAACAUUAGCGUGAGGGAUGACACAAAAGUUCUGUCUUCUGGCUUUUCAGAGGAGGAGAGAAAGACGUCUGCUUUUUCAAACAGUGAAACUACCAGCAGCAGUAGAGGUUCCGUGGAAGGUUAUCAGGAUUCACCGUAUCCAGAAAUUGAUUAUUUUGUUCACUCUUUGGUUAAUAAAGAUGGGGUACAAGGAGUGAUACGGCGAUGGAGUUAUUUCUCUCUGGAAGAAAUACUUGUAUAUGACAUUUCUGGUUACCGUUGGUGUGAAAAUAUUGGAAGAGCUCACAAAAGUAACAACAUAAUGAUUCUGGUAGAUCUAAAGAAGGAAGUCUGGUAUCAAAAGUGUCACGAUCCAGUCUGCAGAGAAAAAAACUUCAAAUCACAAAGUUUUCCAUUACCGCCUAGGAUAUGUCUCCCAUCCCUUUUCAGAGAGGAAGAAGAGUAUACACUAAUGGAUGAGAGGGGGAACACAGAAGAAAAAGUAAAUCCACAUUCUAAUGCGUCAGACCUGUCAAAAAGCACAGUAUCUCUAGAAAAAAGCUUGUCUCAAGACUUCCUGUGGUCAGACAGUGAGUGGGACAAUGCAAGUGAUGAUGCCCGACUCCUAGAAGCUACUGAAGAUGUGGAGCUAGCUGAAGCUGCAAAUGAUAGUCUGGAUUAUGCCAUGGAGGAAAUUCCUGAUGAAGUUCUUUUGGAAGCUUUAAGGAAACAGGACACUUGCAAUAAAGGCGGCAGCUAA